UAUAAUUAUAUAAUCAUUGGAGUCUUGUUGAGAAUCUUGAGCAAAAUAAAAGGAAACUUUUAAAAGAACCAACGACAAACUCCAAAUUACAGCUCCAUUGAUCUCUGCCGGCUGCCAUUUAUUAAGAUAUUUUAAAACUAUGCCAGACAUCACAGCUUGAUUAUGAAUCAAUUAAAGCAAAUUCAUGCAUAUUCCCUUAGAAAUGGCUUAGAUUACACUAAAAUCAUGAUCAAUAAGCUUCUAGAAAUACCCAACAUUCCUUAUGCACACCAACUAUUCGAUCUUAUGCCCGAACGAACUUCCACACUUUACAAUAAGCUUAUUCAAGCAUACUCUUACAAUGGCCCUCAAAAACAGUGUUUCUCCUUGUACAUUCAAAUGUGUCGGCGACAAAUCUUCCCUAAUCCCUUCACAUUUACCUUCCUUUUUGCUGCUUGUACUUCGCUUUCCUCUCCUUGCCUUGGUAAGAUGGUUCAUGCUCAUUUCAUCUUAUCUGGGUUCAAAUUCGAUGUUUUUGUGUUGACUGCAUUGGUUAAUAUGUAUGCUAAAUUGGGUUUAGUGGAAUUAGCUAGGAAACAGUUUGACCAUAUGUUGUUUAGAGAUACACCCACUUGGAAUUCUUUGAUUUCUGGUUAUGUUAAGUGUGGGAAUAUGGAGGAAGCUGAAACAUUGUUUAAGUUGAUUCCUUUUAAAAAUGUGAUUUCUUGGACAACUAUGAUUUCUGGGUACUCACAAAAUGGAAAGUAUCUUGAUGCUCUGAACACUUAUUUGUUAAUGGAGAAAGAAGGGUUUAAGCCUAACGAGGUGAGUAUAGCUUGUGUUCUUCCUGCUUGUGCUAAUCUUGGUGCUUUGGAGGUGGGAAAGACAAUUGAAAACUAUGCUAGGAGAAAAGGGUACAUGGAUAAUUUGUUUGUUAGGAAUGGAUUUCUGGAAAUGUACUCAAAGUGUGGUAAACUCGAUAGAGCAAUGCAGUUAUUUAACGAGAUUAGGGACAGGAAAAAUUUGUGCUCUUGGAAUUCAAUGAUGAUGGGUUUUGCUAUUCAUGGAAAAUAUGAAGACGCUCUUCAGUUGUUCCAUGUUUUAUUGAGAGAAGAGAUGAAGCCAGAUGCUAUAACCUUUGUUGCGGCUCUUAUGGCCUGUACACAUGGCGGCAAGAUUGCAAAAGGCCAAGAAUUGUUUGAAUUAAUGAAUUACAAGUUUGGUAUCAUCCCAAUACUAGAGCAUUAUGGAUGUAUGGUUGAUCUUCUGGCGCGUAAAGGAAAGCUCAACGAAGCUUAUAAUCUUACACAAACCAUGCCAAUGAAACCUGAUUCUGUGAUAUGGGGUACACUUUUAGGGGCCUGCAGCUAUCAUGGUAAUGUCAAGAUUGCUGAGAAGGCAGCAGAGGCACUUUUCGAGCUGGAACUGUCGAAUUCAGGGAACUAUGUCCUCCUCUCUAAUAUUUACGCGUCUGUGGGAAGAUGGGACGGAGUAGCGAAGAUGAGAAAGAUGAUGAAGGGAAGCCUUAUAGCGAAAACAGCUGGUUAUAGUUAUAUUGAAGUACAUGACGAAAUGCAUAUGUUUAUUGUGGAGGAUAAAUCGCACCCACGAUCCAAUGAGAUAUACUCGGUGCUUGAAGAUGUGUAUUGCAAGAUCAUGAAGACUGACUAUGGAAAUGAAAGUAACUUGUAUUGUCAAAUUGAUGGCUAAAACAUGACUCUGAUGCAAUACUGCUAAUUGCACAUUUGGUGACAGUUUGCCUAUUUACUUCUUGAUUAUUCGGGUGAUGAUCCUACUAAACUGCAAUCUGGCGCGUUCUAUGAAAAUCAUUCAGGUUUUGACCCCAUCGAUCAUCAAUCUUGUGUUUUCAAUGAACAUACUGGCCCAUUAAGCUUCGAUCUGGCACUUCCAGUGAACAUGUUGAUCCCAUUAAGCUUCAAUAUGGAACUUUCAGUGAUCAUGGCUAUAUGAGUAUUCGGGUGUUGAUGAAGUUUUCAGUUUGAUUGCCUUGCAGCUACAGUUUUUCCGAACUAACAGUAGCGAGUAUUGCCACAACUGCCCACAGGUCAGUACCUCAUCAUCAUUGUAUUUUUAUUUUAUCCCGAAUCAGUUGAAAACAUCACCAGAGAUACUUGGUUGUGAAUUAUAAAAGCUACAAUUUGAAUUAAAAAAACUACAAUUUGAAUUAAAAAAACUACAAUUCCAGUGGUUGAAUUGCAAUUUAAGUUUUAGUAGCAGCAUUAAUAAUAAAUCAUUAUCAUCUGGAUGUCAUUCUUAGAACCCUUGCUGACAAAUUUUUUCUACUCCCUUUGCCACACGGGAUUUGCACAAUUUCCAUUUUAGUCUCUUCCAUAGAUUUUUCUCCAUUUUUAUUUUUAGCCAUGAGUUACAUUCUUUUUUUAAUUCUCAUCUACGUUUAUUUUAUCUUUUCGUCUUAACCUUACAUUUUCCCCAUUGUAUUUUGGUGCAUGUUCUGGAUCCCAAUCUUUUAGAUUAAGGAUCUGAUAUUGUUGUUGUUGUACUUGGGGUAAACCCAUGAAAAGAGAGGGAGUAUAUGUUUAUUUUAUCAUUGAAACCCUGAAAAGGUAAGAUAAACACGGAUAAUAGUCUAGCUCUACUGAUUCUAAAGUUACGAAAUGUAAAUAUAUGGAAAAGCAAAAUUAUAAAACACAAAUCCUUGUGAGAGACGGUCUUUUUGAGAGAUCAUCUCUAAUUGAGCCGGUCCAUUAUAUACUUAUUAAAAUAUUGUAAGUAGGCAUUAAAAUGAUGUAAGUAAAUAUUUAAGAUAUUAUUGAAAGUAGGCAUUAAAGAUUCGGUAAGUAAUCAUUAAAGAUAUGUAAGUAGGCAUUAAGAGUACGGUAAGUAGGUAUUAAUUUUUAAUGGACUGGACUUGAGAUUACGUCUCUCAUAGAGAUGGUCUCUCAAGAGACUAGCUGAAAAUCAUAUGGAGAAAACUAAGUUACAAGUCAUGCCCUUCACAUCCAAAGUUCCAUUUGUUAGAUCAUCAGUCUUGAUCGAACCAGCGCCAGUUUUACAUUUUCUUCAACUUCACCUUCACCUUCACGUUCUUUGAACUCUUUCUCCAAUUCCUUGCUAUUAAUUUUACGGUCUGUUUGGUUAGUGGUAUUAAAUGGUGUUAAUGGGAACGGUUUAUGGCGUAAAAUUUCGUCAAAAGUUAUAUAUCAUUCCUAUGGUAAUGAAACUUUGAUCUAAAAAAAGUUUUUUUUACAAAUUUUCAUUUCCACCUAAUAUCACCUCUCCCAAUGAUUAUAUAUUGUGAAAGCGCAAGCCUCAAAGAGGUAUAACAAAGAAAAACAAAUGAAAAAUAUAAUGCAAAAUGAGAACACAAGUGUUUAUGAGGUAUCUUGAAUACCUCCCCCUCAAAUGUAGUUUAUUAUAAUGAAUUCAACAAUUACAAGUAUAAUAAACUCCCUUAUCUUGAGAACAAUCUCUCAAGAUCACAAAUACUAGAGCAAAGUAAGAACACUCUCAAGUUUCUAACAAUGCAAUAGCCCUCUCAACAAUAUGUGUGUUUGUGGUGUAUAAUACUAUGAGUGAUGAAUCCUAUUUAUAGGCAAGGCAUUCAUUACCCUUAGUAUUCCCUCAUAAAUCACCAUAAACUCACAAUUAACAUCCAAUUAACUAUGACAAUAAACAUUACAAUAAACAAUAGAAGUAAUGCACCACAUAAUUGCAUAGCCAUUUCACAUUCUGACGAAUAUCAGAAUCCAAUGUAGCCUUCUGAACUUCCGCUCGACUCGAGCCACUACCUCGCUCGGUCGAGCGAGCUUCCAGAGAAGCUACUGACUUGUUCUGCACACAUUGCUCGACCUGUUGCUCGACCGAGCCACUCCCGCUCGACCGGUCGAGCCACUCUUUGCUCGACCGAGCGGUUGUUCGAGCCACUCACAGUCAGCCUCUCUUCUAGUUGCUUUGAUCAAACAAUUCUCAUCAACCGUUCCAAACCUUAAACCACCCAUAUUCGACACAUCUUUAUCGACCCUCUCUAAAGUACAAGACAAAGCAUGUUCGACUAUAUGUUUAAAGUGAACGUCAUCACUAAGAUUAUUGGCACUUGCUCUAACAAUCUCCCCCUCAAGUCCAAUAUUCUUAUCCUCCUCAAAAGUAACUCUCUUUGACCCAAACACACCAACACUUUUGUGGCCUAGGCUACCACAAUUAACUUGUAACUCAUACAAGUUCCUCUUACUCCUUACUCCCUUCAUGAGCACCAUGCUCCCUCUAAUGACUUUCAAAACCCCUCCACUUGCUUUGAAAGUGCAUCCUUUACUCUCAAGUCUACCUAAUGAAAUAAGGUUCCUCUCAAACUUAGGUACAUACCUUACAUCACCAAGUCUUCUCUUGACACCUCCAUGAGUCUCAAUAAUAACCUCACCAAUACCUUCUACUUUCACCUUUUCAUCAUUUGGUAAAGUAACAAGGCCAUAAUCCCCAUAACUAAGCUUAGUAAAUUCUUCUUUUUCACAACAAAUGUGGAAUGAGCAACCGGAGUCUAUUACCCAUUCCUUACUAUGAACCACUCCCCCAUCAACUAGUAGAGCCCCAUAGUCAUCAUCAUCAUCAAUAAAGCCUAGAGCGGCAUUCCCGCUACUCUCACUCUCAUUUCUUCCACUAUCCCUUAAGUUUCUCAUUCGCUUAAGGUCUUCCUUUAAUUUCUUACACAUCAUUUGUAUGUGCCCCUUUUUCUUACAAUAGUAACACUCUUUG